AUGGGAAAGGUUUGCUCUGUGCUCUCGGGGAGGCCCGGUCCGGCAGACAUCUGCGCCGUGAUCAAGGAGGCCGAGCACCGCGCGGAGGAGUGGGGAUUGCUGGGCCUCGGAGAAUCUCGUGACGUGUCUCCGAAGGCUGCCAAGCAAGAGCCCCUCACCGGGGCCCGACGGAGCCUUCUCAUCGGAUGCAACUACGUCGGCACCUCCAACGAGCUCCACGGCUGUGCCAAUGACGUGCGGCGCAUGAUCCCGGUGCUGGAAAAGCUCGGUUUCCAUUCCGAUGGCGGAAGCCAGAAGGUGCUCCUGGACGAGGAGGGCGCCGAAGGGCCGAAGCCCACUCAUGCCAACAUGCUGGAGGGCCUGGACUGGCUGGUGGCGGAAGCCCAGCCGGGGGACGCGCUGCUGCUACACUACUCGGGACACGGGGGCCGAGAGCCUGCGGAGGAGGGCGGCUACCAUGAGACCCUGGUGCCCCUGGACUUCGAAACCGCCGGGAUGCUCCGGGACACCGAGCUCUUUGAGCGGCUGGUGAAGCGCCUGCCGGAAGGCUGCCGGCUGACCUGCAUCUUGGACAGCUGCCACAGUGCCGGGGCCUUGAAUCUGCCUUACAUCUUCGUGGGCACCGAGGAAGAGCUCCGUAAGGCGGUGGCCGGCCAGGCCGUCCGGAUGGCGCUGGCCAUGCGAUGGAAGUCCGACCUGGAGAAGUGGAGACAGGGCUCCUCCAAGGAGCUCUUCGGCGACGUGAGCUCCCUUGGUAAGAACCUCUGGAAGAUGUACCAAGAUGGCCACAGCGGCUAUGUCACUGAUGAGGAGGCCACAAAAGGUGUCGCUGUCGGCGAAGUGGUGGCCAUCACCGGAUGUCGCUCCGACCAGACUAGUGCAGACGUCGGGGACGUCUCCACCUUCGGAUUGAAGCAGGUGUCGGGCUCCGCGGGCGGCGCGCUCACCUCCGCGCUGGUGGAAGCCUUGGAAGGUCAGGAAGAGCUGACCUAUGCGGAGCUGCUCGAGCGAAUUCGGCAGGAGCUGGCUCGGAAGGGGUUCUCUCAGGUGCCGCAGUUUGUGUCCUCCCUCUUGGUGGAGCUGAAGCAGCCCUUCAAGUUGGAUAGCAUUUUUGUGGAGGACGAGCAGUGA